AUGAAUGCGGCAAAGUCAGAAAUCUUUUUUGGAGGGUUCAAUUCCAUAGAAGCCUCUGUUAUCAGCGAUCUCUCCGGGUUUAAGAUUGGCACAUUUCCGACCAGGUUUCUAGGCCUCCCUUUGAACCCUAGUAGGAUCAGUAUGGCUACUCUACAGCCUUUUAUUGAGAAAAUAACCUUGAAGCUCAACUCAUGGACUGUUAAAUCCCUGUCCUUUGCGGGUAAGGUAAUACUAGUUGCAUCGGGGGUGUAUGGGAUGGUAAAUUUUAAGAGCUCAGUGUUUGCUUUGCCUAAGAGAUUCUACGAGAAAGUGGACUCCCUUUGUUCGGGCUUCUUGUGGAAAAAUAGUACUUCCUCUGCCGCAGGGGCUAGAGGUCAGGGUCAUUAUGGGUGGCUUGCCUCCACUCUAAAGUGUUUGGAAGACAGAGUUUUUUGGGUUACAGCUGAUGCGCAGAGGUUCUCCCCUACUGUUAGGAGUUUGUUGAGAACAAAGGAAGCAGCUGCUGAGUUUUUAAGGUGUAGUAUCGGAGAUGGAAAAACGGCCAGAUUCUGGCAUGAUUACUUGACGGAUCUAGGUCCCCUAAUAGAUGGUUUUGGACAGCGUGGACCUAGGAAACUCCGGAUUGCUGAGGACGCGGCGGUUAGUGAUGCAGUGUGCGAUGAAGAGUGGCGGCUUCCACCAGCUAGAUCGGAAGAGGCUGUAACUCUUCACAUUGUACUCACAACAAUGGCACCUCUUUCUACUCAGUGA